UAAAUAUGUUUUAUAAGUUUACACUGGCAGAAUCAUUUCACAAUCAUACACACAAAUCUAUAUUGAACAACACACCAGCAGCACAAGUAACGUUACAUUCGAAAAAAAUACGUUGAGUGGUUGAACUUGAGACUUCGUUCGGAAUUCAAAUGUCUCUUCAACUUGGUCUGUGACCAAUCAGAUUUUGUUGCUCACUGCCUUCAGCCAAUCAGAGCUGCUGAUUUCACGGUACUCGUCUGAAUCCCCCUCGCUCAGACAGUCACUGAGGUGAAUUAUAAUGUCGCAAUGUAUAAUUUAUAUAAUAAAAUACUGAAAGCGCAUUACAUCGCUCAAUCUUGGGAAUUCUGACUAGUUCAAUCAAGUGACAUCGCAGACUGACAGAUGGCGACAACAGCCGGCUUGGAAUUUAACGGCCUCCGCGAUCCUGAAAGAACCGGAGAAAACCAUGGAGGUGUAGCAUGAAAUGGCUGUUAUGGAUUCGGAAUCAUCUUUGUGAUGGAUGCCAACAUCAUUUACUGCUCUCCGUCUCAUUGUUACAUCUUUAGAGGGUUGUGAUUCAAAGAGCCCCUUGAGCUCUAUCAGAUCGCAUGAACGAAGUGUUAACUCUUUCAACAUGGCGACUGUGUACCUUGACGGAGAGAGUCAACUUUAUCCCACACACUUCCAGAAUGUGAAUAGAAUACUCUCAGACGCCAGACAUGUCGACAUGCUUUACAAUCCCCAACACACCUGUCUAUUCAUGACAGUUUCAAGAUGUUAAAUCCGGGUAGGCAGCUGAACUUCGGGGCACCAUGGUCAAUGUGACGCCCAGUAUAUACCCAGCGGCGGCCCACGAGGGGUACAACUACCUCGCGUUGAUAUGUGGCGUGCCUCUCAUCCUCAUCAUCAUCUUGGGGAACAUCCUAGUGUGCCUCAGUGUGUUCACUGAACGCUCCCUUAAAACCGCAACUAACUACUUCAUUGUCAGUCUGGCCGUGGCCGACCUCCUGCUGGCCGUGCUGGUCCUCCCGCUCUACGUCUACUCUGAGUUCCUGGGAGGCAUGUGGACCCUGAGUAUGUACAUCUGUGAUGCCCUAAUGACUAUGGACGUGAUGCUCUGCACUGCUUCCAUUUUGAAUCUAUGUGCAAUUAGUGUGGACAGGUACAUUGCAGUGGUGGUCCCUCUGAAGUACAACAGGAACCAGUUUAGUGUUCGUCAGUUGGUUUUGAUCACAGCCACCUGGGUGCUUUCCCUGGGUGUAGCCAGUCCUGUCAUUUUCGGCUUGAACCAGGUGCCCAACAGGAACCCUCAUGUGUGUAAGCUGGAGGACAACCAGUUUGUGGUCUACUCCUCCAUCUGCUCCUUCUUCGUCCCCUGCCCUGUCAUGCUCCUCUUGUACUACUGGAUGUUCAGGGGACUAAAGCGAUGGAGCUCUGGUCGUAGCCGCUCACACCUCCGCCGGCCACCCAGAGGGCGUAGGAGCCUAUCUUUGCGUCUAGGAGCAGCUCUGCAGAAGGAGAAGGGACGGGCGAGGGAGAAGGUGGUGUACCUAAUGCCUGCAAGUCUCAGUCCGACAUCUCUUACCCCUACCCCUACUACUCCUGUCUCCUCAGCCAGUCCGGUUACCAUUACCACGGACAAGCAGGCAGAAGGUCAGAUGCCGGCAGCAGAGAGCGACCCCAUGACCACCCAGAUGGACAGUGUUUCGGACGCAGAGAACCCUGAGAGGGCCACAGAGGAUGACAGCGGCCGGGAGAACGGUGUGGGGAAGAACCAUCGUUCUCAUGCGGGGCGCCGCCACAGCAAGAGCAACAGGGUGAGCGGACGGGAGAGGAAGGCAAUGAAGGUGCUGCCCGUGGUUGUGGGAGUUUUUCUGGCCUGCUGGACUCCUUUCUUCGUGGUCCAUGUGACUAAGGCGCUGUGUGAGUCAUGUGACAUCGGGACAACUCUGAUCAGCGUGGUCACAUGGCUUGGUUACGUGAACAGUGCCGUCAACCCCAUCAUCUACACUGCCUUCAACGUGGAGUUCAGGAAUGUCUUUCACAAACUGCUCUGCUGUCGCUCCUGAGACCGAUGAAAUUAUAAAUGAUGAUAAUUAAAUCACUCAAACAAUAAUGAUUAAAAAAACACCAGGAUGAUCUGAGCAAACAAUGGUCUCCGUUGAGAAAUCGAACAUUACAGUGGAUUACCAAAAGGAACGAAUGGACAUAGACUGGAAUGUAUUAUUGGAAUGUACCAUUGAGGAAAACUUCUGAUGCCUUAGUUAACCGAAAAUGUAAAAUGAUUGCUUGAAUACUACAGUAGAUAACAGAAUACUGUUGAUUUCAUAGCCCAGAGGCAUAAAAUAUGUGAAAAUGUCCACAUUGAAAAUAACAGUCGUCUGUGUUUAAGUGAUUGCUAUCAGUGUUGAUUUAAUUAUUUUUUAAAUGGAUUUUCUUAUCCUUUUUUUUCUAAGGUGUUGUUUGUUUUACAUAUGCAGAGUGGACAGGCAGCUUUUGUCAUGGUUUAAGAGAAAGUUCGAGCUGUGUUUGGAAUUACAUAUUAGCAUACUAAGCAGUAUAUUGCCUAAUAUUUUUAAAAAUUGUAUGCAUUAUGGAACGAUAAACUUUUUUAUUUAAAAAAAGUUGCAUUCUAAAUUGUUGACCUUGACACAUGUUUACUACAAGUACGAUUCAGUUAUCAUCUCUUAUAUGGUUAUUGUGCACAUUUAUUUCAAGCAUAUGUAAAUGUAAGCACAGAAAAUGUGCAUACUGCACAUGGUGUGCAUAUUAUAUAAUAGAAUAGUAGUACUAUAUUUCAUACUGGAAAUAUGCUGUCUACUAGAAGUAUGGAAGUAUGCUUAUGCUAUUCUGAACGCAGCAAUUCAUUUUUAAAGGUGCACAUGUUGAGACAAAUUUUUAAGCCCUGUAAAACCAUGCAAACACAGCCAGGGAAAGAGUGGCCUGUUAAUCAGAAAUCUCAUUUUCUUGUCUACAUCACCUUUAAACUCUGUUAGUUAGAACAAAUGAUGUUAAGAAGUUAAUCCUGUGGCUUCAUACAAAGAGGAAAAUGUGCCAGUCAUUGGGGGUGUAUAUGCAGUUGCCAAAAUCAGUGGAUUCCUUUCUCUGCCUUAGUGCACACAGUCUGCCAAUUUAGUUUUGUUGCAAGUGUGAUUCACAAAAUGUGUACAUGUGCUCAGCAGUGACUGAUAAUAAAUUGCAUAAUAGCAUGGGGGGGAUUGUGGGUAUUAUCUGGGGUGGAUUAUAGUAAUUGUGCUUCUAAGAAUCAGUGUUGUAAAGAGUCUCGUGGAAUGAGUAUUGCUGUUCUUGUACAGGAUCAUCAGUGCAUCUGUCACAUUAUAGAGAUGUAUGUGCUUUCCUGCUUAAAUUGUACAAAUACUAUAUGUGUAUAUAUAUAUAUAUAUAUAUAUAUAUAUAUAUAUAUAUAUAUAUAUAUAUAUAUAUAUAUAUAUAUAUAUAUAUAUAUAUAUAUAUGCAGUGUGCUCCAUAAGUCUGAGACUACAGUGACAAUCUAGUAUUCAAAAUCAAAUUUAAAUGUGACAAAGGUUUAUGAUUUGUGAAAUUCUCAG